AUGGAGAAUUAUAAUCCUUAUUCGUGCGAUGUAUGCGAUAAAUCGUUCAGUAAAAGUAGCACUUUGACAACACACCGGCGCACGCACACCGGCGAAAAACCGUACCCUUGCGAUGUCUGUGAUAAGUCAUUCAGUCAAAGCGGCAGCUUAAAGAGACAUCGACGCACGCACAGUGGCGAAAAACGUUUCGCGUGCAAUGUGUGUGACAAGUGUUUCGGUCAAAGUAGCAGUUUGACGGAACAUCGGCGCACGCACACUGGCGAAAAACCGUACGCAUUUGAUGUAUGUGAAAAAUCGUUUGGUCAAAGCAGCAGUUUGACGAAGCAUCGGCGCACGCACACCGGUGACAAACCGUACACGUGUGAUUUGUAUGACAAGUCAUUCACCGACAGCGGUAGUUUAACAAGACAUCGGCGCACGCACACCGGCGAAACACCCUACGUAUGUGAUUUGUGCGACAAGCCGUUCAUUGAAUGUGGCAUUUUGACGACACAUCGACGCACGCACACUGGUGAAAGACCGUACGUUUGCGAA